UUAUUGAAGUCCAGCUUGUGCAAAAUGAGAAUGUGAGCUUCCUGUUCUGAACUCUGCGAUGCAGUAGCACAGGAGCUCACAGCAGUACAUGCUUUAGAUACAUAUGUAGUGCAGUUCUUAGAAGCAGGUACUCGCACACGUAAUGGAUAAUGGAUUGUGGACUGUGUGAGAUCAUUCAGACUUUGGCUGCCUUAGCGUUUGUGGUUAUAGUUUUGGUUAUAAUAAUUGCACAUGCAAGUGCAUCUAAAAUGGUUCAUUUACAGUGUCAUGAGAAAGAGAAAGGUUUCCUAAACGCAGAAGGCAAAAGGGAACCCUUUCCCAGCAUCCAUGACCCGCCAACCAAGGAGCUCUCUGUCGUAGUCCCGUCAUAUAAUGAAGAACUAAGAUUACCUGUCAUGAUGGACGAGGCUCUUGAAUAUUUGGAAAACAGACAGAAGCAGCAAUCUCAUUUUACCUAUGAGGUAAUUGUUGUUGACGAUGGCAGCAAAGACAAAACCACAGAGGUUGCAUUGAAAUAUACAAAGAAGUACAGUGCUGAUAAAGUGAGAGUGUUGACACAAGUGACUAAUCGGGGCAAAGGUGGCGCUGUAAAGAUGGGUACCCAGAGGUGUCGAGGGAAGCUCAUCCUCAUGGCAGAUGCUGAUGGUGCCACAAAGUUUGCAGACAUUGAAAAGAUGGAGUCUGGCCUUCAAGAUCUUCAGCCAAAGCCGGAGAACAUGGGUAUUGCUUGUGGGUCUCGAGCUCAUUUGGAGAAAGAGUCUGUAGCUACGCGUUCUGGGUUCCGAACGAUUUUAAUGUAUGGGUUCCACUUUCUGGUGUGGUUCCUCUGUGUGAGGGGAAUCAAAGACACACAAUGUGGCUUCAAACUUUUUACCAGAGAGGCAGCCUUAAGGACCUUUUCUAGUUUGCACGUUGAGCGUUGGGCAUUUGAUGUGGAACUUCUGUACAUAGCUCAGUGCUUGAACAUACCUAUAGCAGAAGUCGCUGUUAAUUGGACAGAAAUUGAAGGUUCUAAGUUGGUUCCUUUUUGGAGCUGGCUGCAGAUGGGUAGGGACCUGCUUUUUAUCAGACUAAGAUAUCUCACUGGUGCCUGGAGACUGGAGUCUCCAAGAAAAGUUGACUAGAAGCACUACCUGCAACUAAUAACAGUUUUAUAGUGUAUGUAAACCAUUUGUUGGUUUAUAUACAUCCAAUGAUGCUGUUCUUCCUCAAUAAGAAAACGCACACUGUUACCCUUUUUAUACUGUGUCAAAGAACUAUAUCAAUAAAUAUUAAAAUACCGUAUCAAGGGAACAAUUUAUAAUUUAUGGUUUUGUUUAUGUGAAACUAAAUUGACAUUUUAGAUAUGAUUAUUUCUUUUUAAUGGUUUAAGUUGUAUAUAUUUUUUUCUUCUUCUUUCUUGUCAACUGAAAUAAUGCUGGACAACUUGAACCAAAUAAAACAUCUGAUUGAGUCUCAUAAGUGGUUUUAACAGUAAAACAAAGGAGAAAAAAAAAAAGUAUUAUUUGGAAAAUAAUGUGUGUAAUCUGGAGCAAAUAUCCAGUUUUCCUCCAAGGAGUCAAGACAAAAAUACAACUGUUUAAUCUGUUUAUCACUGUAUUUCUUUACACAGUAACAGUAUAAUAAAUAUAGUGCUGUUUAAUUCAU